UAAGCAUGAGCUUGGCCCGCGUCCACCGGACGCGCUCGUCCCGUCGCCCAAGUCGCCAACGCGCGAGCUUCACGACGAUCUCGUAGCUAUCUAUAGCCACCACGAAGCUCGUGUUCGCGGAGAGAUCGAAUUGGCGCGAGAGAGAACGAGGGCCGGCCAUCUGAUCCGAUCGAUGGACUCGGAGCAGAGAGUGGCGGCGUCGGGGGCGACGGCGAAGGCGCCGGCGCUGUCGAAGACGGCGCCGGCGGCGUCGGCGUCGUUCCGGCUGCGCAACGGCAGCCUGAACGCGGUGCGCCUGCGCCGCGUGUUCGACCUGUUCGACCGCAACGGCGACGGCCAGAUCACCGUCGACGAGCUGGCGCAGGCGCUGGACGCGCUGGGCCUCGUCGCCGACCGCGACGGGCUCGCCGCCACCGUCGCCGCCUACGUCCCCGAAGGCGCCGCGGGGCUCCGCUUCGAGGACUUCGACUCGCUCCACCGCGCGCUCGGCGACGCGCUCUUCGGCACGCUGUGCGAUGCCGCCGGAGACCCCGCGGGAGGAGGAGGCGGCGGCGACGACGAGGAGGAGGAGAUGCGGGAGGCGUUCAAGGUGUUCGACGUCGACGGCGACGGGUUCAUCUCGGCGUCGGAGCUGCAGGAGGUGCUCAAGAAGCUGGGGCUCCCGGAGGCCGGCAGCCUCGCCACCGUGCGCGAGAUGAUCUGCAACGUCGACCGCAACAGCGACGGCCGCGUCGACUUCGGCGAGUUCAAGUGCAUGAUGCAGGGCAUCACCGUCUGGAACGCCUGAUCCAUCCAUCACUCCAUGAAUCCAUCCAUUCAUCCAACCCUUCGAAAUCAAGUUAAAUCGAACUCAACACCAUUCACUAGGUUAAAUUGAUUGAUUUAUUGAUUAAUCUCUUGCAAUUACAUCAGUGUACGUAUGUACGUACGAUCUUGUUUAAUCUCUUGAUGUAUUCGUUGUGUGAUCCGUGUCAAAAUUGUUCCUUUUUCAAUGUUACGAAAUUGUAUAUUAUAGGCAAAAUUUGUUUUUAUAUAUGCUAAUACUCCAAGUAAUGAAGAGUGGUCACCGAUAUCUCAUCGUUGUUUUCACAGCAC